UGUCUGAAUUUGUGUCUCGAGAUCGAGCGAGUGUCCUCUUUUUUUGGAAUCAAAAUAUGGUCACCCUAAUAUAAUGAGCUGUUGUGGAGCCGUCAGUCAACGAACUGAAUGAACAGUCAUGACGGUAAUCUAUAAAAUAACAAACCGUUGUAAUCAGUCAUUAUCCUCACCAAUUAACCCAAUGAUCAUACAUUAACAGUCAUAGAGCCAGAAAGAUCAGAAACUCUUUGUUUUUUAAACUUAGAUGCAGCUCUCUCUCUCUCUCUCUCUCUCUCUCUCUCUCUCUCUCUCUCUCUCUCUCUCUCUCGUGUGCGCGCUCUGCCCCCGGGGACCCAUGUAGUGAUUCACCCUUUCCUAUGAAAUAAAGGAACUGAAACGUCUGUUAGGCACUCUGCAUGUAUUUCAUAUAUCCUGCCGUCACUACCCUCCUCUCUGUGUCUCACUGCCGCACUGAUGCAUUGUUUUUUUUCAGUUUGUGUCAUAAACAUAAGUUUAGCAGAGGGUAUCACAGCAGCAGGUCUCCACAUUGCUGCAGCCAUGGGCAGAGGGGACUGUCCUGCUGGCACUAAGUGGGACAACCUCGUUGGUAUAUGUUAUAAGAGCCAUACCGUAACCAUACCCGAACCUAAAACUGAAUCUGAACCUAAACCACCAACGGAGCCGCCGCUGAGAACCACGGCCCCCGCUGCCCAGGCCAGCUCACUGAUGCUGCUGAGUCCGGCUCUGUGGGUCUGUGUGGGGCUGGUCUUUCUGGGGUCCGUCUUGGCUCUGGCUCUCUGGUUAUUCAUAUACAAACGACACACCAGGCACAGCCACACCUCGGAGGAUGCAGAACAGUGUCAGAGGCCUCUUCAGAAAGCAGAGCCACCUGCCAAAAUCCACCCACCGCCUCCACAGACAAACGGUCAGGCCGAGAUGUUGCAGGGAGCAGCAUGGGCCCCUUCUCUCUGUCCUCACCAGCACCUGGGGGCCCAGACAGGCUCAAAGUGGGAGGAGGGCUUCACCGCUUGCAGUGACCUUGCAAAGCAUGUUGGGACAGAAUGGGGCAGAGGGCAAAUGAGGGAACACAGGGUCCCACUUCCUGCCACAGAGCUGGGUGGCACCGCGUUGGUUACAACUAAAACUGUGUAGUGUGUGUGUGUGUGUGUGUGUGUGUGUGUGUGUGUGUGUGUGUGUGUGUGUGUGUGUGUGUGUGUGUGUGUGUGUGUGUGUGUGUGUGUGUGUGUGUGUGUGUGUGUGUGUGUGUGUGUGUGUGUGUGUGUGUGUGUGUGUGUGUGUGUGUGUGUGUCCUUUCUUCACUGCAUGAACUCUGUGAACUGUGUGGUGAGUUUUCCCCCAAUGUUAAAUCCAAUUUUUUGGAUAUAUUGCUUUUCUACUCUUUUCUACUCUUUUUUUUUUACUGCUGUUUUAUUUCACUGUAAGUGUCAUGGUGUAAGUUGGUGUCCAAUAAUACCAUGUAAGACUGUUUAUGAUAUUGUGUACAUGAUUAAAAAAAAAAAAACUG